UACAAUGCCGCUUCGAUAAUUCUGUUGAUUCCCGAACAUUCGUUUUACCCAGGACACACUAGCUGCAAACGUAGCUUCCGCGGAGCAAUUCGGACCGGAAGGCGGAACGACACCAUGGAACCUGUCGUCUAGUCAUAGGCCACGAGUACGCUUCACAACGGUGCGUCACCUAUUCUUCUUUCCGUUGCAGGACACCAGCAGUCACCCUCGGCUCCUGUAUUGGCGUGGAUCAGAACACUAUCUUGUCGUUGCGUUGACUCUCUCCGUAUCCCCCGGACCAUAACUUGCUGCUGUUCUCUGGACAAGCCAGUCACCUCGAUUGUUUUGGCUACCAUUGUGGUCGAACUCUUGGAAAAAGUAUAGCCAAGUUAGUUCCAGAGACUCGAUCGGCUGUUUUCACUGUCCUAGUUGUCACCAACUGCCGCCGGUUCGGAAUGUCUUCCUCGCCGAGCACGUCAGAAGCAGAAGGCCACCAAGGGAUGAUGGGAGCUCAACCACUCUACUACAUGUACAUACCACCGUAUAUUCCGACGGUGGAUUCUCAAGGUCAAAGACCAACGCAUACUGUGCAGGCAUUCGAUGGGACACAUCAACAGGUACAGACAGUGCUGCAAGCUGCAGGGACUAGUGUCACUCCAGUACAGCCUGAUCCCAACAAUAGCUUGACCCAUCCUUUUUCAAACCAACCGCAGCUUGUUGGUCCGCAGCACAGCCAUAUUGGACAACCUUUCAACAGUGGCGACUUCAGAGGAGUUAGCAGUAGUAUUGUGGGACUUCAACGAUCAUCAUUAGUGGAGUCAGCAAUGAGUCUCCCACAACAUCCUCAACCAACCAUUGGUCUUAUGUCAUCACCAGCCCAGUUUGCUAGUCCCUACGGCCAGCAAAUGAAUCACCACGUCCAUGCCACUGCUACCAGUGGUAAUCAGACAUUAGUAGCAUACCUGCCAUAUAGUAUCCCAGCAAUGCACGACAAUAUGGCCAGCUCUAACAAUCCUGCGGAAAUGCACGCCGGCUUUCCACCGACCCCACUGAACAAUCUAUCACAAGGCGUCAAGUACCAAUUGGAUAACCCCUCCACCCCUCCAAUGUUUGGCGGACAUCCCAGAAGUCUGUGCGAAUGGCGUGUGAACAACGGUCUACAAUUGUGUGGGUUGGCGUUCUUUAGUGUCACCGAACUAGCGCAGCACAUAAGAAACGUUCAUCUCCAGCAACAGGACAGUACCGAACAUCCCACACAGGAGAAUGGCAAUGUCCACAUCUGCCACUGGGACCAGUGUACAUUCCCCAAAGGAUUCAAAACAAUAUAUAAGCUUGUGAGGCAUAUACGAGUUCAUACAGGUGAAAAACCCUUUGUCUGCAAUCAUCAAGACUGCACACGCAAAGCAUUCACAAGUUCCGCAAACCUGAAGAUACACUACAGAGUCCACACAAAGGAAAAGCCGUUUCCCUGCACCUUCCCGGACUGUAAGAAAAGAUUUUCAAAUUCUUCGGAUCGAAAUAAGCACAUGGUCGUGCACACGAAUGAUAAACCCUACCGAUGCAGGGCAGCAGGAUGUACGAGGAGCUAUACACACCCAAGCUCGCUUAGAAAGCACUCCAAACAGCAUCAUGCUCGAAAUGCAGCCAAUGGCAAUCGUGCUCUUUCCUACAGUACCACGGACACCAGCGCAGGGAACAGUGACUUGACGUCUGCGGAUGGUUCUAUUGCUGCGGACGGAGAAAGUUAUCACGGCAGUUCGAUUUCAUCCGAUGAGGUACUUGCAGACCAGCACCACCACCAUCAACAAGAACAGGAAGAACAGCAGCAGUAGCAGCAGCAGCAACACCAACAUCAACAACAAGGUUUUGCACUUGUGGCUUGCAUGGACCAGUGUCAGCCUGCACAGCCGCAACACUUACCACUGGGAACGUCCUCAAGCAUGCUGACUGUGAAUUCAGCAUCCACGUCAUCUCUGCCUCAGUUACCUUAUCAUUUGCCCUCUGCCCAGGCUACUGCUGGUAGUGAUUUGGUCAACAGUGCACUGCCAACACCACCUGGACAGCCGUCUGAUAGCUAUGCCGUGUUCAGUGAAGUAUGUCAGGACAAUGGCGGAAAGGGUGACCUAGUAGUGGCAAACUAAGGCAGUAGAGCAACAAGAAAUGAUCCCUUGUCUAUAUGUUCCAUACAGACAUUCCCACAGCCGCCGCCGCCACCACAGCCAGAAGCAGCAGCAGCAGCAGCAACAGAAGCAUCGGCUGUGCCAGCAGCUGUGCCAGAACUGACUCAAAACAGACAGCUUGUUCAGCAGCAACAUACUCACUUCUAAUACCCGGCAGCAUGUCAGCAGUUGCAGCCACGACCACCAUCAGCUGCCGACGCCCACACACACACAGCAGAAACAGCUAUCGCUGGUGGCUCACACACCGCAGCACCAAUCAUCACCUGUGUCUCAGAAACACAACCAUCAGGCACAGCAACAGUCGACAACACAACAGGAACGAGCACAGGAACCCUUGCCCCAGCAUCAGCAGCACUCUCUCCCAUCGUCGAUGCAGCUGCACCUCUGCAGCAGCAUUGUGCACAGCAUUCGACAACUGCUCAGCCAACACUAUUUCUUGCAGGACAAUUGCUGCACCCCGUACUGCCCUCGUAUGAUGCUCACUCUCUGUCAUCACAAAGACACCUCCCAAAAGGCAUUACUAAGCAAACACACCUUACACGGCUUGAAAACACUGUUUUCAUGAGCUGAACAACUGCCGUUUCAAAAUGGCACUGCAGCCAGCUUCGUAAAUGGAUGUGUUAAAACUGUCAAUAAGGUCAUAACUUUCAACCAAACAAUUUGGCAAUUAUUAUCAAGAUCUAGCUAACUCCUUAGUUUUACGGAGUUGACGAUUUUUUUUAUUAUAUCUAAUUCAAAAAAGAGGUAUGAAGUGUACAGCUGCAAGUUUAAUACUCGCUGUGCAUAGCUUUUGUGAUAUUGAAUUAUCGUAUCAACGCUGUCCAACGCUGAAUGUUUUGAAGGUUAUUUCAUUAGAGAUGGAGCUGGGAUGUUGCUAAUUAGGCUGUGGAACUAGUCAAUCAGACGACUGACACAUUUGUAGAAGUUCCUUUUUCAAAUGUCUCGUCAAUUUCAUUUUCCGCAUGUUGUCUUCACUAACAUUACCCAUGAUGCUGGCCACAUGUAUUAUAGCGUCAGUAGAAUUGCAGCUCAACAUCCUAA